AUGAAGUUUUUCUCCAAAAAGUCGAGCAAAACCAAAGCAUUCGCGGACGAAGAGGAGGAAGACUUUUCCCAUUCAGAGCCCUCCUCACCAGUCAAGCAACCCGCCCGCCCGGCUUCCAAAUCGCCGACAAAGUCGCCCUCCAAACCCUCCACCCACAAGUCGGCGCGAGCAGCCUCACCCUCGCUUCGGGAGACCAAGUCUCGGUCUCCACGUUCCUUCACCAGGCACCCUACCGAUCCCGGCUCCGGCUUCUCCUCCUCCUCACGUCGAAAGAAAAUCGACCCCGACAUCCACCCUCUGAACCUGCCGCCUGAGCAGCGCAAAAGGUUCUCCGCCAUGUCCAACCGCAACUCCAUGGAUAUCGACCGGGAGCCUGCCAACGGCAACCCCUCUUCUCCCCCGCCGCAAUCGUCUCCGGCGCCCUCCGGACCUUCUCAAUCGACAUUCACUGUCCCUGUCACCAACGGUGCGGCAAGCCCGGUGACGAGCCCUGUCAACGGCAACGGCGAUGGCGAUGUUCCUGUGCCCCCUCCUCACAAAUCGAACCCGUCCAGCCCCAAGCCAACGCCUGAGGACGAGGCGGAGGAGUUCAAGAAUGCUGGAAACAAAUUCUUCAAGGAGAAAGAUUACCAGCGGGCUAUCGCGGAGUACACAAAAGCUGUGAUGCUUCAACCAAACUCGGCGACCUAUCUCGGGAACCGUGCCGCGGCAUACAUGAGCGCUGGCAAGUUCGAGGAUGCCCUUGAGGACUGCAAGCGUGCGGUCGACCUCGACCCCCAGAACAACAAGAUCCUUCUUCGGUUAGCCCGUAUCUACACCAGCCUGGGCCAGCCUGAGGAUGCCAUUCUCACCUUUGGGCGCAUCCAGCCGCCCCCUUCUGCGAAAGAUAUGGCCCCUGCUCGGGAGAUGCAGCAGCACGUCAAGGCCGCCCAGGAUGCUUUGCGAGACGGCACCGCCGCCUCCAUGGUCCUGCAUGCACUGGACAUGGCUGAGAGGCAACUUGGUAUCGGAGCACUGAAGCCCCGAAAGUGGCAGCUGAUGCGUGGUGAGGCCUACCUUAAGAUGGGAGGUGUCAACUCACUGGGCGAGGCGCAGAAUGUGGCCAUGUCUCUGCUUCGGCUAAACAGCCAAGAUCCGGAGGCGUUGGUCUUGAGAGGUAGAGCGCUGUAUUGCCAGGGAGAGAACGACAAGGCGGUCCAGCAUUUCCGCAAGGCUAUCAGCUGUGAUCCUGACUUGCGAGAUGCCGUCAAGUGGCUGCGCAUCGUGCAGAAACUCGACCGCAUGAAGGAAGAUGGCAACAAAGAGUACAAGGCUGGCCAGUGGCAAGCAGCCAUUGACAAGUACACGGAGGCUUUGGAUGUCGACCCUACCAACCGCGGAACAAACUCGAAGCUGCUUCAAAACAGGGCACUGUGCCGUAUCAAGCUGAAGCAGUAUGACGAGGCCAUUGCAGACUGCGAGAAGGCUAUCAGCUUGGAUCCACACUACCUCAAGGCUCGGAGAACUAAGGCCAACGCGCUUGGUCAGGCCGAGAGGUGGGAGGACGCUGUCAAGGAGUGGAAGGCUAUUGCCGAGCUGGAUCCCGAGGACCGCAACAUCCAAAAGGAAGUGAAGCGCGCGGAGCUGGAGCUGAAGAAGAGCCAGCGCAAGGAUUACUACAAGAUCCUCGGCGUUUCCAAGGACGCAGACGAGAAGGAUAUCAAGAAGGCCUAUCGCAAACUGGCCGUGGUUCAUCAUCCUGACAAGAAUCCCGGCGACGAGCAAGCCGAAGCCCGCUUCAAGGACAUUGGUGAAGCGUACGAGACUCUAAGCGACCCUCAGAAACGUGCCGCCUACGACAACGGCGAUGACCUGAUGGAUCCGUCAGACAUGUUUGGUGGUGGUGGCAUGGGUGGUGGCAUCGAUCCCGAGGUGCUGUUCAGCAUGAUGGGAGGCCAAGGCCAAGGCGGCUUUGGAGGAGGCGGCUUUGGAGGUGGAGGCUUCCCCGGAGGCGGUGGCUUUCCCGGUGGCAGCUUCCACUUUGCCAACGGAGGAGGCUCUCGACAGCGUGGGGAGGAGGAAGACUACGAAGACUCUGAAAGCGAGGCCACUUUUACAGGAAUCCCGCCUGCCUCGGAGCAACAGCAACGGCGCCGCCGGCCCAGUCGGGCCGGAAGUGAAAGAUGGUAUGAGAAGGACAUGGGCGAAGCAAAGGCCGCGGCCCAAGUGCACAGGGACAAGCGCGAGAAGCAGCUGGAGCUGUUCCGUCGCGUCGGGUUUGGCGCUCUUGCAGCGAUCGUCCUUCUUCCCCCGUACCUGUUGGGACUACUGGUUUUAGGAUCUGGGUGUGUGUACAUUUGCAUUGUUCUUGCGCGGUCCAUGGGCAUGAGGAACUGGUAG